GUGCAUUGUGUGUGUGUGAUGUGGAUGGGGGUGGGGGAUCGAUAAGAAAAUAACUGUACACUACGAGCGAGAGAUGGAUGAUGUACCGUGUACCACACAAAUCGCUGGUACAGACUGACUGAUCGUCGUGAGUAAAACGCCUCCAAAAUGCGUCCGUUUUAGGAUAUUUCUCAGCAAGAACCCGUACUAGUAGUCAGCAUAGUUUGAAGCCUCGCUUUUGUUGUCAAGUAUCAUCAAUGUACAUGAAUUAGCAUCUAUAGUGAACAUUGUAAGUGCUGUGUGCCUGGACAGAAUCAACACCUCUAUGUCUAGUUUACCUGCUGAAUCUCUAAGAAUAAAGUAGUCACCUUUCUGCCUUCUCAAGAAGGUGACAUAAUCUCUACCAAGCAUCAUCAUUCCCGGUUCCCAGCGUCACGCUCCUGUUCAACCUGGAUUUUGCAUCACGCUGAAUUCAAAUUCUUGCCCAUUAUUGGACACUUGGGGAUUGCCCGGUACUUCGCUUCCCAUUAGCUCAUUAAAGAGGUGUUUCUGAAGGGUGGUGAUAAACAUACGUUGGUGACCACGCUCAGUGGGCUCAGGCGGUGAUUGCUCCCUGGGAUCCAGAGCUAAAGAGACUGCCGGCCUCUACGCUUUGCUGAGCACUGAUUACAAGUCACUCUGCAUUAUCUUGUAUCUGCCUGGGAUUCGGGAAUAGUGCUCUACAAGGCAGAGCAUUUUAGACACGGUGUCGUCAGUGGGUGUCACAUCCAUGUUCCAAUUAGCAAGCAAGUACAUGGCCAUCGCUGCUGUUGUGGAUAGACUGUGCCUGACGAGCUUCAUAGAUCACCCCGUUUCCCUACGAUGCAGUUAAGGGAAGUAUUGUCAAAUCUAGGCCACACACACACCAACUGAGAGUGGUGAUAUGAGUUCCAGUCAGUAAAUUGUCUCUGAAUAACUACUGGUCGAAGUCUUCCCAACAGUCACUCCUAACUGGUACUCUGCACCUGGUACUCUGCACCAAUACUGCAGCCACCACUACCACCAUGGGCUUGGCAGUUAGAUUCAAUGUCCGAACGCUGAUGUACAUCUUAUUAGUUGUAAUGGUGCUCCUUAUACUCGACUUAUGCUUCAUGUUGUCAAUCGGAGGAAGAAACAAGAACAAAUUCGUUGAAACUAAAAUUGACAUGGACGAGGUGUGGUACCAGUUUGACCAACAGAACCUUCGCCCCAUUCAGACUGGGAGGGGACCAGCCAAAUGUCAACGCAUUCUUUUAACAGGGAACCGUGAUCAUAUAUGUGUUGCAACUGAGCCAGAGAGCGAGCCGGAUUCAGGCCCAAACCGAGGGAAUUUCGGCGGUGGUAUCAAAGUAGGAGGCACUGUAGCCGUUCCAAUAGAUCGCUACACUGGCAAUAAGGGUAGUCAGGAAACUAACGCUAGCAACGUAGACAAGACUGCUCCUCUGUUUGCUCGUAAGACUAAAUUAUCGCAAAAGGUUCAGAAUGCUCUGGAUAGGAGUUCUGCACUCGCAUCGCCCAAUGUAACAUGCACAGCAAAUAGAUCGCGCAAUAGGAUGAUCAACCUUUACGGUCAAAAAUUUAAUAUCAGUAUACCUCCAUUUUUAACGGAAGGUUUCGAGAGUGAGCCCCACAUCUUAGAUUUGCCUUUUCCAUUUGGUGUUCAAAAAUCAGCAACGCUAGUUAAAGAGACGCUGGACGUUGUUGGCAAUACAAGUUUACCUUUAGUUUCAAAAAGCAAACCCUGUACACGAUGUGUCAUAGUAGGCAACGGUGGUGUCAUAAAGGAUACAGCUGUAGGACAAGUUAUUGACAACUUUGAUGUCGUUAUAAGAAUAAAUGAUGCACCGACGAAAGGUUUUGAAAAAGAUGUCGGUACAAAAACAACGAUGCGGAUGUGUUACCCGGAGAGUGCGUUUACCAAAUCGGAGCAAUUCUCAGGAGACUGGCUUCUCCUACUAAUGGUGUUUAAGCCACUGGAUCUCACAUGGCUUCAGACCGUUUCCCAGGGCAAGAAAAUGGAAAGUAAUAAAGGUUUCUGGAAAAAGAUUGCUACGUCUGUACCAAAGAAGCCUGAGGAUUUCCGUAUCCUCAAUCCGUCCAUUUUACGAGAGGCUGGAUUUGACAUUAUCGGAUUGCCGGUUAGUGAAGGCAAACUUGGCAAGAAUGUACCAACAUCUGGUUGUGUGGCCAUCAUGUUAGCGUUACGUUUCUGUGAUGAGGUGGCGGUAGCAGGCUUCGGGUAUGAUACCAGUCGACCCAACUCCCCGUUACACUACUAUGAUAAACUGAAGAUGAGUGAGAUUAAACGCUCAUGGACUCACAGUGUAGACAAAGAGCAGAGAAUGCUGUACCAAUUAGUGGACCAAGGAGUGAUUCAGGACCUUACAGGGGGGUUAUUGAGAUCAUAGCGAUAAUGGGGAUCCUUGACUCGUUAUAACCUACUAUAGUCUGAUGUGUUAUGCAAUAACCCUCUCUUCUGUACAAGACUCAACAAUCGUUUAAGACUUGCCCUCCCAUCAUUUGAACAUUCAACCUUGAUGGCAUUAGUUCAGCAACGCAGUAACUGGAGCAAGCAUACAAGCUUCGUUUAAUAUGUUUGACGUUAUCAAUGUUAGCCUGGCUGCAUACAGGUUUUGCUGUCACCGAUGAAGAUGACGCAAAGCCAAAGAUUCCUAACUUGCCGCUUACUCAAUAUGUGUUAAUAACAUUUCUGCUUCUCUUACGGUACGGUUGGGGCAAACAAAUAAAAUAUAUAAAAAGGACUAUCAACUUUUUGUAAAUGGUCUAUGGAAUGUUUUUUCUCUGGUUAAUGUGCCAACGAUGAAUCUUAUAAAGAAGAAAGGAGGUUGAGAAACAUUGCGCCUAUUCUGUGUAUAUAAUGGAAGCAACCAGGAAAUGUGAAGAGUAAUAACUUGCGCUGUGGUUGUGAACCGCCUGAGGUGAACUGAGUUGCAUCCGGACGUAGAACCACUGUGGAUGGGUGGACCAUCCAUCAGGAUUAAGGACCAAGAAUACUUUUAAUGAAUAUGAUGUUUGCAUCGAGGAUAAAUAAUAUUGUAUUUUUGACCAUUACAGCGGGGUGUAAUAAGCACUGUGUACAAGGUGAACAAAUAGGUUACUGUGGUCCAGCUCUUAGACUGCUGAAGCAGAUUUCACAAAGCGCUAGGAUUAAAUCCUGUCUCGAGUUAAAAUGAGUAACCGGUCAUCAAUUAGGAUGGUUCAAUGCGUCCUAACGCCUUGGUCAACUCGUCCUAAGAUAAAUCCUAAGUUAGAAAGAGUUUGGUGAAAUCA